GCCGGCGCAGGGCAAGUCAGAGGGGAGGCCGCGAGCUGGGUUGCGCGUGCGCAUUGCGUGCCCAGUGCGUGCCUCUGAGGAGAAAGCGGGGCGAAGCGGCGGCGGCGGCGGCGGCGGCGAGGGUCGGGGCCCGGGCUGAUGGCCCAGAGGCGCGGGCAGGCUACUUCAUAACGGAACAAGAAGUGCUUUGAUCGCUAUGCAGUGUUCCGAUCCUAAGGACGACAGCACUGAUUUGAAAACGGAGAACAUGGGUAAAGAUAGUGAAGCCCAGAGCGAGCAGCCGUCGGAUUUCAGCACUGAAAUUAUGAGCGUCACAGAGAUGGAGCAGUCCCCGGACAAUUCCCCCAGUGCUCAGCCCCAGGAGGAGGAGGAGGCUCAGGACUGUGAAGCGCCAGGCGCUGAGGAAGACAAAACUGAGGACUCCGAGGACUCCUUCCCUCUUGAGUUUGACAAGUUCUGGAACGUAGUUGAAACCAAUCCACAGGAUUUCACAGGCUGGGUCUAUCUCCUGCAGUAUGUCGAGCAAGAGAACCAUUUACUCGCCGCCAGGAAAGCCUUUGACAGGUUUUUCGUGCAUUACCCAUAUUGUUACGGCUACUGGAAAAAGUAUGCCGACAUGGAGAAGCGCCACGGCAACAUGAAGCAGUCGGAUGAGGUGUAUCGGAGAGGGCUGCAGGCUAUACCUCUGAGCAUUGAUCUCUGGAUCCAUUACAUCAACUUCCUCAAAGAGACGCUGGAUGCCAGUGACCCUGAAGCCGUGGGCACCAUCCGGGGGACCUAUGAGCACGCAGUCUUAGCUGCAGGUACGGAUUUCCGCUCAGACAAACUCUGGGAAAUGUAUAUAAACUGGGAAAAUGAUGAGGGCAGCCUAAAAGCUGUCACUGCUGUGUUUGACCGCAUUCUUGGAAUCCCGACUCAGCUGUACAGCCAUCACUUUCAAAGGUUCAAAGAGCAUGUGCAGAACAAUCUGCCCCGAGACAUUCUAAGCACCGAGCAAUUUGUUCAGCUCCGCAGGGAACUGGCUUCUGCCCAUAGUCAUAAUGGGGAAGAGGCACCCCCGGGAGAUGACUUCCCCUCUGGGACUGAAGAAAUCACUGACCCUGCAAAGCUAAUCACUGAAAUAGAAAACAUGCGGCAUCGAAUCAUUGAGAUCCAUCAAGAAAUGUUCAACCACAAUGAGCAUGAAGUCAGCAAGAGGUGGACCUUUGAAGAAGGAAUCAAGCGCCCCUAUUUCCACGUGAAGCCCCUGGAGAAGACCCAGCUGAAGAACUGGAAGGAGUACCUGGACUUUGAGAUCGAGAACGGGACCCACGAGCGGGUGGUGGUCCUCUUUGAGCGCUGCGUGAUCUCCUGUGCCCUCUAUGAGGAGUUCUGGAUCAAGUAUGCCAAGUACAUGGAGAACCACAGCAUCGAAGGGGUGAGGCACGUCUACAGCCGGGCAUGCACCAUCCACCUCACCAAGAAGCCCAUGGUGCACCUCCUCUGGGCCGCCUUCGAGGAGCAGCAAGGAAACAUCCACGAGGCCAGGAGGAUCCUGAAAACCUUUGAGGAGAAUGUCUCUGGCCUGGCCAUGAUCCGCCUGCGCAGGGUCAGCCUGGAGCGGAGGCACGGCAACCUGGAGGAGGCGGAGCACUUGCUCCAGGAGGCGGUCAGGAAUUCCAAGUCCAACUACGAGGCCUCCUUCUUCGCCGUGAAGCUGGCCCGGCACCUCUUCAAGGUCCAGAAGAGCCUCCCCAAAGCCAGGAAGGUCCUCCUGGAGGCCAUCGACCGCGACAGGGAUAAUGCCAAGCUGUACCUCAACCUGCUGGAAAUCGAGUACAAUGGUGACCUGAAGCAGAACGAAGAGCACAUCAUCGCCUGCUUCGACAAAGCCAUCAGCGGGACCCUGCCCAUCAAGAUGAGGAUCAUAUUCUCUCAGAGAAAAGUGGAAUUCAUGGAGGACUUUGGCAUGGAUGUGAACAAGCUUCUGGAUGCCUACGAAGAGCACCAGUCCCUUCUGAAGGAGCAAGAAACUUUGAAAAGGAAAGCGGAGAAUGGCUGCGAGGAGGGGGACGAGAAGCGGCCCCACGGGGACGAGGCAGCCCUGGCCGCGGGGCAGGUGGCAGACGGAGACAUGCAGGCCAGCCAGGCCGCCUACAACUACAGCGCGUGGUACCAGUACAACUACCCAAAUGCUUGGAAUUACGGACAAUAUUACCAGGCCUCCUCCACCUGAUCGGAAGAAGCGUGGGGCCGGAGGCAAGGAGUGUGAAGGGUUUUGUUAUUUUUUUAGAACAACGAACGAAUGGGGGAUGAUGGAUGUGAACCCGCCCUUUCUGUGGCCCCCGUGUCUCUCUGCAUGUGCAUUGAGGGGCUGCCCACGGGGGUCUCCUUGUGACAGACUCGCGAUGUGCUCAUUGGUAUGUUGCUGUGCCCCUCGUUUGCCAGGAAUUCGGCUCCCUCCCAAAUUACCCAGAAAUGAAAUGGACUCAUGAAUUCUUAGUUCUCGCUCAGGGCGACAUGAAGCCCCCUAAGCCCCUGAUCUCGGCCCCUCUUCCGCUCUGAAGGAAACGUCCUCCGCACUUCAAGCGAAGGCAGCCAGCCCUGAAAGAUGUGAGCUCCUCUCCUUCCCUUGAACAACGACAUGAAGCGUGUUGCUAGAACCAUGCUGUGUUUGGGGUGGAGAUUUUGUAUUGGGUUUUUUCAUGUGUACGUUCAGACAUUUUUCUGUUCAGAUGCCUUUCUUUUUUGUAAUAAAAAUGAAAUUGUGUAAAAAA